AAUCAAUUGUGGGAAGAGCUGCUGUGAGUGUGGGGAGAGCUGGUGUGAGUGAGGGGAGAGUUAUUGUGAGUGAAGAGAGAGCUGAAAAUGCUGAUCAGAUUGUGGUUGAGGGAAGAGCUGGGGGUGAGGGAGAUCAGGAGACAGCUGUUGAGAAUGAAGAGAGAGGAAGAGCUACUGUGAGUGAGGGAAAUGCUGCAGGAACUAAGGAGAGAAUUGAUGAGGGUCAAUCUGAUACUGACAGUGAUGUCUUGCUGAGUGAGGGUGACUAUGAAGAUGAGAGUGAUGAUGACUUGUUCCAUAAAUAUGUGGACCAUGAGAUAACUGAGGGAGUUGAAAGGACUUUAGGAGGACUGCAGCAAGCAGCAGGGGAAGAAAGGGAAGAAAGGGAAGAAAGGGAAGAAGAUGAAGACUGUAUUGAGGGUGGGCUAAUUGGUGGUGAUGAUGUUGAGCUUAAUGACAGUGAUGGUGAGGUUGUUAGCAUACUAGGAUCAGAUGAUGAAGGACCUAAUUACCCUUGUUUCAAUCCUAGUGUAGAUUUCAAAGUGCCAAUUGAAUUGUUUAAGGGGUUGAAGUUUCCAUCAAACACUGUUCUUAGGAAGGCAAUUAGGUACAAUGCCAUCCAGAAAGGGUAUAAUUACUACUACUUGCACAACAACAACAAUAGAGUCUUUGUGUAUUGUGCAAACAGAUGUGGGUGUCCUGUGAAGGGUGGUAGAUCUGUGCAGUGUGUGUGUAAGCAGAAGAGGAAGUGCAGAUUUAAGAUCCAUGGUAGAAAACUAAAGGGUGAGAACAGUUGGCAAAUAAAGAGUAUUAGGCCAAAACAUAUUUGUGGGUGGCAGUUUGAUAACCCUAAGGUUACCUCAAAGUACCUAGCUGAGAGAUACUUGGAGGAUUGAAGGGAUGAACCUAACACAAAAAUUAAGGGAUUCAUAAGACGAGCAAGGAGGGAAGUGAAAUCUGAAAUAGGAUAUUACAAAGCUUACUAUAGUAGAUCUUUAGCUAUGAAAAUGAUCUUUGGGGUUGCUAGCUUAGAGUAUAAAAAGGUGUGGGAUUAUGCAGCAGCUAUUAAGAAGUAUAACCCGGGAAGCACAGCUGUGGUGAAGGUACAAGGCAUAGAAAACCCACCUCCAUUGUUUCAGAGGUUGUAUGUGUGUUUGCAAGCUUGCAAAGAGGGGUUUAUGGCUGGCUGCAGGCCAAUAAUAGGAGUUGAUGGGGCACAUUUGAGGGGAUCAUACCCAUGUAUCUUGUUGACUGCAGUUGGGAAGGAUGGGAACAACAACAUAUUCCCUGUGGCUUGGGCUGUAGUGGAGACUGAAAAUGCUGAAACUUGGGCCUGGUUCUUGGAGCUUUUGAGAGCUGACAUCAUCACUGUGGCUGACUCUGUUACUUGGGUUCACGAGAAGGAAGAAGUGACCUACAUGUCUGACAGACAGAAGGGUUUGCUUGAUGCUUUCAUAACAGUUAUGCCAAAUGCAGAGACCAGAUACUGUUGUAGGCAUAUCUGGGCUAACUUCAAAGGCAAGUUUCCUUGUGUUGUGUACAAAGAGCAUUUCUGGAAGGCAGCUAGAUCUUCCACAAAGCACCAUUUCAACACUCACAUGGCAGCUAUAAAAGAGCUGAAUGAAGAAGCAUUUAAGUACUUGGAUGCCAUCAACAUCGCUCACUGGUCUAGACAUGGGUUUAGCACUGCUUCUAAGUCAGGAAUGCUACUAAACAACUGUUGUGAGAGUUUUAAUAAUGUGUUGAGGGAGGCAAGGGCAAAACCAAUCCUACAGCUGAUGGAGUGGGUUAGGAGGUAUGUCAUGGAGAUAUUCAAUUCAAAAAGGGAGGGACUGAAGGGAUUUAAGGGUGUCAUUAUGCCUUCUGUUGUUAAGAUGGUUCAGCAAGGUCUUACGCAAGUGCAUAACAUGAGAAUCAGGCAAGCUGACUUACAUGAGUUCGAAGUGGACCAUGACCAGGACACAUUUGUUGUCAACUUACAGUCCAAAGUAUGUGGAUGCUACAGAUGGAGUCUUAUGGGAAUUCCUUGCUGGCAUGCAUUGGCAUGUAUUCAAACAAAGAGGCUAAACUACGAAGACUUCAUCCACCCUGCCUAUCAUGUUCAGACUUAUGCCAAGUCUUAUGCUCCACCAUUCAAAGGCAUGCCUAGUCAGAAUCAAUGGGAUCAAACACCCUACCCUGGUCCAUUUCCUCCACCUUACAGAAAAAUGCCAGGUAGGCCAAGCAAGCACAAGAGGCAUAAGGCAGCUGGAGAGGAUGAAGACAAGCAGUUUGUUAAGAGAGCAAAGAGGCAAAACAAGUGUAGCAGAUGUGGUGGACUUGGACACUACAAACCUAAGUGUGCUAUGCCUGCACCACCUGGUGAAACAGUGGCAGCUUCAACCCCUGCUAGUAAUACUUUUGCUGGUCAGAUUGCAGCUCAAGAACCUUCUGUGGUUCAAUCCUCCCAAGGUGCUCCUCAACUUCACCCAAGUCAACAACAAGAAUAGAUUAGGUUAGUUGUUAGUCAGUUGGAAUCCUAGUUUUUGGUAUUUUGUAAGUUAAAUGAAUACAAUUGCUGAUUGCUUGCUUGUCUCUGCUUGCUUGUCUAUAGCUCUUACUUUGGUCAUGAAACUGAAGUCAACUUUGGUAUGCUAAAGUCAACAUUAGUCAUUUUGACUACUUUUGUAAGAUUAUGUCAAUUUGACAAGUUAUAAA